CCGCCGCCAUGCGAUUCCGGUUCGGGGUGGUGGUGCCGCCCGCGGCGGCCGGGGCCGGGCAGGAGCUGCUGAUCGCGGGCUCGCGGCCGGAGCUGGGGCGCUGGGAGCCGCGCGGGGCGGUGCGCAUGAGGCCCGCGGGCACGGCGGCGGGCGCGGGGGCGCCGGCGCUGCAGGAGCCCGGCCUGUGGCUCGGGGAGGUGGAGCUGGCGCCGGAGGAGGCGGCGCAGGACGGGGCGGAGCCGGACCGCGUGGACACGUUCUGGUACAAGUUCCUGAAGAGGCAUCCCGGAGGGGAACUCUGCUGGGAAGGCAACGGGCCGCACCACGACCGUUGCUGCACGUACAGUGAAGACAACUUGGUGGAUGGCGUUUAUUCCCUCCCGAUAGGACACUGGAUCGAGGCCACUGGGCACACCGAUGAGAUGAAGCACACAACAGACUUCUACUUUAACAUCGCAGGCCACCAAGCCAUGCAUUAUUCAAGAAUCCUACCGAAUAUCUGGCUGGGUAGCUGCCCUCGCCAGGUGGAACACGUAACCAUCAAACUGAAGCAUGAAUUGGGGGUGACAGCCGUCAUGAAUUUCCAGACCGAAUGGGAUAUUGUACAGAAUUCCUCAGGCUGUAACCGCUACCCGGAGCCCAUGACUCCAGACACUAUGAUUAAGCUAUACAAGGAAGAAGGCUUGGUCUACAUCUGGAUGCCAACACCAGACAUGAGCACCGAAGGCCGGGUGCAGAUGCUGCCCCAGGCGGUGUGCCUCCUGCACGCGCUGCUGGAGAACGGGCACACCGUGUACGUGCACUGCAACGCGGGCGUCGGCCGGUCCACGGCGGCCGUGUGCGGCUGGCUGCACUACGUGCUGGGCUGGAAGCUGAGGAAGGUGCAGUACUUCCUCGUGGCCAAAAGGCCGGCCGUGUACAUUGACGAAGACGCCCUGGCCCGGGCGCAAGAAGAUUUUUUCCAGAAAUUUGGGAAGGAAGCUGUGCCGGACACGAGAGAAAAAGCCACGGGGAGCUGGGCGUGCAGUGCUGUUCCGCCGUCAGACAGGACGAGAGCAGGUGCAGUCCCCGCCCCGGCCAGCGGACCAGCCCUCGCCCCUCAGACGCCGCGUUCGCUGUGUGUGAAGUCACCCUACAGCUCCUUGCUGCCUUGUGACGUGGCUCGCAGAAGACAGUACAAAUGAGCACUAACCG